CUUUCAUAUGGUGCUCGCAUUACAGGACAAAAAGAACUAACUAGCGGCGCUGGUCGAUUUGCUGCUGCGGUUUUCAUAUUUUAUCAUAGUUUUUCAACAGUGUCUUGUGUUAAACAGAAGACGAUACACCAUUGUACCUGGGUCGAGGUACCAAGUAGGGAUUCGAGAUGAUAACAUCAGCCGCUGGAAUUAUUUCUCUCCUCGAUGAAGACGAACCGCAACUUAAGGAGUUUGCCCUCCAAAAACUUGACUUUCUUGUGAAUGACUUCUGGGCUGAAAUUUCUGGAUCUGUGGAUAAGAUUGAAGUCUUGUAUGAGGAUGAAACUUUCAGGAGCAGAGCAUUUGCUGCCCUUGUUGCUUCUAAAGUGUUCUACCACCUCGGAGCCUUUGAGGAGUCUCUCAACUAUGCUCUAGGUGCUGGAGAUCUUUUCAAUGUUACGGAUGAAUCUGAAUAUGUGGAGACCACCAUCGCCAAAUGCAUCGACCACUACACCAAGCUGCGAGUGGAGAAUGCUGAACUGCCAGAAGAUGAAGAAAAGAAAACCAUUGACCCUCGCUUGGAGGGGAUUGUCAACAAGAUGUUCCUGCGAUGUUUGAAUGAUCACAAGUACAAGCAGGCCAUUGGUAUUGCGUUGGAGACCAGGCGUCUUGAUAUGUUUGAGAAAACCAUCCUGGAGUCGAGUGACGUGAGUGCACUUCUUGCAUACAGCUUGAAGGUUUGUAUGUCACUGAUGCAGAACAAGAAGUUUCGCAACGAAGUCCUGCGGGUCCUGGUGAAGCUGUACAUGAAUUUGGAGAAGCCUGAUUUCAUCAACGUCUGUCAGUGUCUGAUUUUCCUGGAUGACCCACAAGCAGUUAGUGACAUUUUGGAAAAGCUGGUGAAGGAGGACAACCUUUUGAUGGCCUACCAGAUCUGCUUUGACCUCUAUGAGAGUGCAAGCCAACAGUUUCUCUCUUCAGUAAUUCAAAAUCUGCGAACUGUUGGUACACCUAUCCCAGCUGUUCCUGGCUCAACGAAUACAGGCACAGUGCCCACAGCUGACAAAGAAAGCGAUGCAAUGGAAACAGAUGAGAAAGCAGGCAGUUCACCAGCUGGAAAAUCUGCAAAGGACGAACCUAAAGACCAGAAUGCCAAGAUGAUCAAAAUCCUCAGCGGUGAAAUGGCCAUUGAGCUCCACCUGCAGUUCCUUAUUCGAAAUAACAAUACUGAUCUGAUGAUCCUUAAAAACACUAAGGAUGCAGUUCGAAAUUCUGUCUGUCACACUGCCACAGUCAUAGCCAACUCUUUCAUGCACACGGGGACUACAAGUGACCAGUUUCUAAGAGAAAAUCUUGAGUGGCUUGCAAGAGCAACCAACUGGGCAAAAUUCACAGCCACAGCAAGUCUGGGUGUCAUCCACAAAGGUCACGAAAAAGAAGCCCUUCAGUUAAUGGCCACUUACUUGCCAAAAGACACAUCCCCAGGUUCGGCAUACCAGGAGGGCGGGGGUCUGUAUGCUCUGGGACUCAUUCAUGCCAACCAUGGUGGAGACAUCAUCGACUACCUGCUUGGUCAGCUUAAAAAUGCCAGCAAUGAUAUUGUUCGUCAUGGUGGUGCCCUUGGCCUUGGAUUAGCUGCAUUGGGAACAGCCAGGCAGGAUGUUUAUGACCUCCUCAAGUCCAAUCUGUACCAGGAUGACGCCGUUACUGGAGAGGCUGCUGGUUUGGCUCUGGGUCUUGUCAUGCUGGGUUCAAAGUCAGCCCAGGCUAUUGAAGACAUGGUGGGCUACGCCCAAGAGACGCAGCAUGAGAAAAUUUUGCGUGGCCUGGCUGUUGGAAUAGCGCUUGUUAUGUAUGGACGCAUGGAGGAGGCUGAUGCUCUUAUUGAAAGUCUCUGUAGAGACAAGGACCCCAUCCUGCGGCGCUCUGGAAUGUACACUGUCGGAAUGGCUUACUGUGGCUCUGGGAACAACAAGGCCAUUCGGCGUCUGCUUCAUGUUGCUGUGAGUGAUGUGAACGAUGAUGUCAGACGAGCUGCUGUUGAGUCAAUCGGCUUCAUCUUGUUUCGGACUCCUGAACAGUGUCCCAGUGUGGUUUCCCUUUUGUCUGAGAGCUACAACCCUCACGUGCGCUGUGGCGCUGCAAUGGCUCUGGGCAUCUGUUGUGCUGGGACAGGCAACAAGGAGGCCAUCAACCUGUUGGAACCUAUGACCAAUGACCCUGUGAACUAUGUGAGGCAGGGUGCCCUCAUCGCUUCUGCACUGAUCAUGAUCCAGCAAACUGAGAUUACCUGUCCUAAGGUGAAUCAGUUCAGACAGCUGUACGCAAAGGUCAUCAACGACAAGCAUGACGACGUGAUGGCCAAGUUUGGUGCCAUUCUUGCCCAGGGAAUCCUUGAUGCUGGUGGGCGCAACGUGACCAUCUCUCUGCAGUCCAGGACGGGUCACACUCACAUGCCGUCUGUCGUGGGCCUGCUGGUCUUCACUCAGUUCUGGUUCUGGUUCCCUCUGUCCCACUUCCUCUCACUGGCCUUCACACCCACUGCGAUCAUCUGCCUCAACAAGGACCUCAAGAUGCCCAAAGUGCAGUACCGCUCCAACUGUAAGCCGUCCACCUUUGCCUACCCACCGGCUCUAGAGGUCCCCAAGGAGAAAGAGAAGGAAAAGGUUUCCACCGCUGUUCUCUCCAUCACAGCAAAGGCCAAGAAGAAGGAAAAGGAAAAGAAGGAGAAGGAAGAGGAGAAGAUGGAAGUGGAAGUCCAGGAGGGUGAGAAGGAAAAGAAGGAUGAGGAGAAGGAGAAAGAGAAGAAGAAGGAGACAGAGCCAAACUUCCAGCUCCUGGAGAACCCGGCACGAGUGAUGCCAGCUCAGCUCAAAGUGCUCAACAUGCCGGAGACCUGCCGCUACCAGCCCUUCAAACCGCUCCACACUGGUGGCAUCAUCAUCAUGAAAGACACCAGCGAGGAAGAGGAGGAGCUGGUGGAGCCCGUCUCUGCUCACGGCCCCAAAAUCGAAGAGGAGGAGCAGGAGCCCGAGCCCCCGGAGCCCUUCGAGUACAUCGACGAGUAGAGCGGUCUUCGGUGACGGUUCUCCUGCGAGUUUCUGCUGACGACGGCAAAAUCCUUUUUCAUGUUUCCUUUCUGUUCUUUUCACCCUGCGACUGUAUAAAACUGUCUGACAAUAAAACCAUGUAAACCAG